AUGCUAAAAGUGGCACUGCUGGAGGAUCUAUUCUUGGGGGAUCUAUUUUCAGGACAAAGCCGAAGAACUGACUUCACGGACACGGAAGCCCAGUUGAAAGGGCCUUCAUACAGUUCCCGUGGCUUAAAAGACUCGAUAGCUUAUCGGGGUACUAGUCCCUCCCGCCGCCGGGAGCAAACUUUGAGCUUAAAGUUCCCGCGGCGCAGAAGGCUCUCCUUUUAUGAUGUGCCAGGUCGCCGAGGAGAUUGUCUUGGGAUAAAACACAAGAAGAAUCCCAGGUCUACCGAUGACAUUGUUACCGAUCUGCAUCAUUGA